AAUUCGUCGCAAGAUGGCGAUACUGUAUUCUACAAUGGCUGCCAAAUGGCGGGAAUAAGGUGAACUACAGGUAGAUUUUGUUCAAUGGUGAACCGUUUUGAACCGAAUUAACUGCUAUUGAUUAUUUCACAUGGAAUACGCUUGGAUUCUUUGUAUAUGAAGAUAUUCGAUUUAUUUUGAGCCAUAUUUCCACAGUAGCUUCGUUGCAUAAGAAAGAAUGUAGAUUACAAUACAAACGACAGCGUAUUCAACGAAUGACAUGAAAUUAAAGAAUCAGAAAAGACUAAAUAAAUCAUCUAAAUCUCCAAACACUCAUACAGAAUGUGUACAUGGAAUGAAGAAUAAAACUUUUAAAAAGUGAAAAAGCUUUUAUAAAACACAUUCGAAUAAUACUUUGCCUUUAUCAAAAAUGAAAAGGAAUAUGAGUUUGACUAUGAAAUUAUCACCAAGAUCACAGAGACUUAAGACGUCGCCUAAACGUAAUGAUUCAUUGGCAGAACCAAAUUUAUCCAAUGUCAAUAUAAAUAAAAGGCAUAGCUUGUCAACGUAUAAAGUAUCAAAGAGCCCCAGAAUUAUUUCACAAUCAAAGAGCAAAAAAAUACAGAAGAUUUCAGAUAUUAAACAGUACAAUACUAGAAAGUUCCCAAAAUCUCCAAAGAUUAUGUUAAGAUUACCAAAAUCAAAAUCUCCAUCUAAGAAGUUAAGUUUGUCGGAAUUAAAAGUGUUUAACACAAGUAAAACCGUGUCGCCAAUGAAAAAAAGAAGAUCUACAUUUUCAAGAAAAAGUAAUAUUGAUAAAACAAACUUUAAAGCUUCAGCUACCUAUAAUACAGAUAUAGUUACUUUUAUCAGCAAGAACUCUGUAAAAGAUACGUUACUGUUAAAGAAACCAAUAGUAUUAUUACAAAGACUCCCGAACAAUAUUAUGUCUAAAUCAUCCUCAACUUCUUUCUUAGAAAUGCAUGUAACUGAUUUACACAGUAGUACUAAGAGAUCAGCCUUAAAUAGUAAAAACAAUAAUGAUAAAAUUAAUGUUAAAUCAUCAUCUAAGUUCCUAGGAACUGUAACCAAACCUUUAAUGUUUUCUACACCCAUAAAUAAACAGCGAGUAGCUAAUGGUACUCGAAAAUCAAGAAGGAUAUCGAACAAUAUGAUUAUACAAGAUACUGAAAAUCAAAUCAGUUUGGUAAUAGAAAAUGAGCAGACUGUGGGAGAAAAGAAAAAUGAAACAUAUGAACUUAUUGAGCCUAAAACACCAAAUUUACGAAAUAUGUUACAUGAGAGACGAAAUAUGAAAACUGAUAAAACAAAUUCAAACAAAAGAGCAACAAAAAAAAAUCUUGAAGUAAAUUUCAAGAGUCCUGUCUUGGAUAUUAGUUGUUCAGAAGUUCCUCCGUCACGAAUACAAUCCAAUAAAAAGAAACUCGCAAAGGAGUCUAACAAUGUAUCAACCAGAGUAAAUAUUAACAAAAAUGCUGUGAUAGUAUCAACAGCACUUCUCAAAACACCCGAUUCUGUAAGCAAGAGAACUGUUCCUUCCAUUAAAAAAUCAGGCUCAAAGAAUUCUUCAACGAAAAAGGUUCCAAAUUUUGCUAAAAUUCAUAAAAAACUUUUUGCAAAAUCAGAAUCUAUUAUAAAUGUAAAGAAACGGUUGGAAGAAAGACAUAUGGCAUUAACCAAACCAACAAUAAACAAUUUACCAAGGUCCAAUACGGACACAAAAAAUAAUUCAUUAUCUCGUAAUUCAAACAAGGACGAUUACAACCGAUUUGGAUAUAGAAUAAGGAAAGAUAAUGCUACAAAUUACAUUUUGAGAAAAUAUAAUGCAGACUUAAUAAGAAACAAACAACAAAAGAACAGAGAAAUUCUAAAAGGUGUGAGAACGAAUCGGCGUUUUGAACUGCAAAUGAAAUCCAGAAAUGUAAAGUUUUAAUGAUUGCAAUAAUUUUCUCAAACGAGAAAAAUUGGAACAUUAAAACACAAUGAAUUCA